UGAUACCCCGAUACCCAGAGUUCUCCUGGUUCCUUGUUCCCGCCCUCCCCACACUUUCGUCCAGUCCACGGUCGUGAGCUCAGCAUGAAGGUGAAAGUCCUCUUCUUUGCGUCAUGCCGAGAGAUGGCGGGGACCAAGGAGACCUCUCUCGAGCUGCCCGGAGACAGCUCUUCGAUCGCCCAGCUCAGGGAACACAUCGUGAAGAAGCUGCCGGGCCUCCAGCCCGUGGCCGCCACAGUGACUCUGGCCCUGAACCAGGAGUACCUAGACCCCGAACAAGAUGCCCCCCUCAAGGAAGGCGACGAGGUAGCCUUCAUUCCACCCAUCAGCGGAGGGUGAGCUUGCCUUCUUCCCGCCCAUGGGCUCUUCCGUGGUAGGACGCGGAGGCACCAUGCAGAUCGCGUUAGUAGCGCUCUUGGUUCGGAGGGGCGUUCGCGAUCCGGCGGGGGGGGAAAGAGAUCCAUGACUUCCCGGCCACUAUCAGCGAGGGGCAUAUAUGUUCGAUUGUCCUUGUAGACACCUGCCAGAACUAGAAGUGCUGCGCACGCUCGAAGUAGUACUGCGAAAUUCUUCCCACACCACCGUUAAACAGGUUUUAGUUCCGGCUGCUGUUUUAGCAGGGGGGCGCCGGGGGUGGUUCAAAGCGAUUCUCAGUUGGCGGCGGCUCUGAUACCAUCCCGUCGUUUUUGGCGAGGGGUGGAAGUUUUUAACACAUUUGUCUCAUACGACUGUAUAUAGAACAUCGGAAAUUCACCUGUGUUCGGCUUGGUGUAGCGAUGGUUGGUGUGCAACUCUUCUGGAUGAUGGUGAGUUCUUUGUUCGUGUGCUGUAAAAACUGGUUUGGCUGCUGCUUGAAUUUUGGUUGGCCCAUGGAGAUGAGGUUCUUGCUCAUAAAUGUGGCGAGCGGAUAUUUUUGCGCGUUUCCCGUUGUCGGUGUGCGUAUGUGUUGAUUCAGGCGCCCAUUCAUGUUUAGUUUUUGUGAGAUAAACGGGGAUUCCGAUAGUGUAUUCGUCAUUGCACGACGCGUUUCAUGUGUGAUUUCAGGAAAGAGUCAUGUAAGUACUGAUUGGGACUUCAAGUGUUGCUGCUGCUAGAGAUAGAGUGGGAGGCAGACAGGAUGUGGCUAAACGUUGGUAGGAUUUUGCCUGCUUUCAGGCGCAAUGACCUCGAGAGCCAAAUAUCCUGUCGGCUGCUAUGCUUUCGCCCCGCUGCUGCUCUUCCUCUUGUAUCCACAGCAUAAGUUGCGGCAAGCAAACGGAAGAGAUAUGUGCGAGCAAGAUUGCAUUAGAUUUUCCAUUUUGACUCCUUGGGCUAUGCAUGUUUGCCAGUCCUUUGCAUUAUUGCAGCACUUAAGUAGUAUCGGAGCUUGGCAUGUCCGCCACAGAAACGCAGAAGUUUCAUGAAGCAGUAAAGUUUUUUUUAAGCCC